AGGCAGGAGCCACGUUGUCUGAACUAUGAUGACUGCUCUGAAAUUCUUGGUUAGUUUUUUUCUUCUGAAUUCUCUGUAAUUUCUCAGCCACUGGGCGAGCCACCAAAGACGGUGCUAUUUUUUCCCUCUUUUCUUCCUUGCCUUUCUGUUUCGCUCUCCUCCUCCUCACGAAGUUAGGGUUUGUUGUCGCCGUUUUUUAUUUGGUAGGAUUUUUGGUGUUUGGAUCGCUAGGUGGAUGAGGAUGCGAGCUUAGAUCACUUCAUCCCGUGGGUUUAUUGUAUUUUGAUUGAUUUGAAGUUGGAAUUGGUUUGAUUUUGUGGGUUUAAAUGGGUUAUUUGAGCUCGGGGACGGCUGAUUCUAAUAUAAUCCAGUCCUUUGAUUAUCCCGUCAGCGGUGGGGGACUCAGUCAUAAUGGGAAGUUUAGUUUCGGAUAUGCGAGCUAUCGGGGAAAGCGGCCAUCAAUGGAGGAUUUUUAUGAGACCAGAAUUGAUGGGGUUGAUGGUGAGAUUGUUGGUCUAUUCGGGGUUUUUGACGGUCAUGGUGGUGCUAGAGCAGCUGAGUAUGUGAAGCAGCACCUCUUCAGCAAUUUGAUCAAACACCCAAAGUUUAACACUGAUAUAAAGUCAGCCAUAGCUGAUGCCUACAAUGAUACCGACUCUGAAUUUCUGAGAUCUGAAAAUGGUCAAAGCCGAGAUACUGGGUCAACAGCUUCAACUGCCAUUCUCGUUGGCGAUCGACUUCUGAUUGCCAAUGUUGGAGAUUCCAGAGCUGUCAUUUGUAGAGGAGGAAAUGCCAUUGCUGUUUCGAGAGAUCACAAGCCCGAUCAAACUGAUGAACGACAGCGGAUCGAAGAUGCCGGCGGUUUUGUAAUGUGGGCAGGUACAUGGCGUGUCGGUGGUGUUCUGGCUGUUUCCCGUGCUUUUGGUGAUCGCCUCUUAAAGCAGUAUGUUGUUGCAGAUCCAGAAAUUCAGGAAGUGGAGGUUGAUGGAUCUCUUGAAUUCCUCAUCCUUGCAAGCGAUGGACUUUGGGAUGUAGUUUCCAAUGAGGAGGCUGUGACAAUGGUGAAACCCAUUGAAGAUCCAGAAGAGGCCGCCAAGACACUGCUGCAGGAAGCCUCUCAUAGAGGAAGUGCUGAUAACAUAACCUGCGUCAUUGUUCGAUUCCUUGGUUGCACAAACAAUGAGAACACCGAUAAUCCACAAGAGCCGUAAUCUUUUAGUCUUAUAACUAUAUCUGCUCUUUGGUAAUGUCUUAGCCUCUACCUGUAACUAAUACAAGGACUUAAAAAAGAGAUUUGGAAUAAAAAAAGUUCAUUGCUAAAGCUUUUCUCUUGUGUGAAGCGAAGGAAUGUCAGAGAAGGCGUAUUGCAGAGUUCAUUGUAGGCUUCGAAGAUUAAUUUUUCUGUGGGAGAUGAUUUGUUCUUGUCUGUUACUAACUCAGGUGUGUAUGUGGGAGGGUGUUGAAAUCUUCUCGUCUGAAUACUGUAAGUUUUUUAAUGAGUUUAUUUCUAUGUAGAUUCUUAUCUGUUUUUUUUUUCCCCCUCUUUUCAAGGUAUAUUU